GCGACGGACGUAAGAGAUUGGUCUGGGUAGAUGGGUGUACGUGCGGGGGCAGGGAAGUGGCUCAGUUUUAAUGUUGCGCCACUCUGCCCAAGGAAUAAAAGGAAAACGUCCAACGAAGUCUGGAGUAGAUUCACGCUGCCAGUCAACGCUCAGCUACCCAUCCAAAGCCAGUAUUCACAGCCACCAGAACCGGCAGUUCGAAUAGAUCGGCUUUCUGAGAUCCAACGUCAAGUCGCUGGCGUGCUUCAGAUGUCUGUUCAGUCUCCUGAGACGGGCUCACCGUUCCAACAAUCUGAUGGGUUGAACGAGGAGGAAAUUGAUGUGGAAAGUUUGGAGAUCUGCUUGUCCCAAGGCGAUGCUCUGCGGUGUGUUGAGGCAGAUGAUGAAGGGGAGGAGGAAGAGGACAGGGUAAUGAGUGCCGACAAGAAAGCAAAGAAGCCAGCCCCGGAGCAACGGAGACUGGCGAGGAGCCCCAAGUGCGCUCGCUGCAGGAACCACGGCGUCGUCUCCUGUCUGAAGGGACACAAGAGGUUCUGUCGGUGGAGAGAUUGUCAGUGCACGAACUGUCUUCUGGUGGUGGAGAGGCAGAGAGUGAUGGCAGCCCAGGUAGCUCUGAGGAGACAGCAGGCCACGGAGGUAAAGAAAGGUGUGAAUUACAAGGAAUCAACAGCCCCUGUCCGCAGAACAUCUUAUCAGCGUUACCCCCGGAUGCCCAGCCUCCUGGCAAAAAGCAUAUUGGAAGGUUAUCGGCCUCCACAGGAUGACAAUUUCUCCUGUCCAAACCAUUUUGUUCUACCACCACUAAGUGACAGAAUGAGGAAAAGGAGAGCAUUUGCAGACAAGGAGCUGGAAAGUGUGAUGCUUGAGAGAGAGUACAGAGAGAGAGAGUUACAAGAAAUUACUGCAGUUCAAACGUUCACAAGACCCUGUGUGGAAACUGUCCCUGAAUACAACUUACUUAGGUUCGGCUACAACCAGUUUUUUGACCCAUCACAACUUAACCCUUCAACAUCCAGGGAAUUACUGAAUUUUUACAUUCCUCUUGUGCACACAAACCCUGCCCUCUGGGACUUUGGAACUCAGUGUUACCAAGGAAACAUUGAACAAUGCAGGGGUUCCCAUUCAGCAAACAUGGCAGGCUGCAUUUCUGAACAAGCAUCAGGCUAUACAUCAGUAUGGGGGCAAAAGUCUACAGCAGUCAACAAUUCAUUCUAUUCAAACAGCACGCACAAUCAUAGCAACUUACCUGAACAACUGGGUCCUAUGCAGAAAAUUUUUUCAAAUGGAAAGCUAACCGCAAAGGAAUUGUGUUCUGGUCACAGAGAUUAUUGCACUCAGGCAAAAAUUACAAAUAAUAUUGAUUCAACAAAUGAAAGUCCAGCUGUCCUUCUCUCCCAGAAAAAGACUGCAGAACACAUAGAACUGUCUGAAAAGCAUAUUUUACUGAAAAAUUACUUAACCCCAGAUUCACAAGUAGUUCCUGAGCUGAGGAGUAAAUCUGCUCCACACAGCUUCAUUGCAAGAGAAACUUUAAGACAACUUGCAAAGAAAACACAGGACUGUUGUUCUAGUAGUCAAGAAAGAAUAACUAAACAGCUGCUACCAUUUUCCGUGGAAUCCCUUUUGAAAACAUAAAUUUGAAGACAAGUUUCGUUCCAGCCUAGAAGAAUUCCAUUUUGAAUUAAAUUUUACUUUUUCCUGGAGGAAGAUCCAAUGUAGCUAAGUUUAAAAAUAAGUCUGAUAACCUGCUCACCUUUAAAAGGCAGUAGUUUGUAAAUUGUUGUUUAAGGAUUGUUAAUAAAAUAUCCUUGAGAUGCUUGUCUUUUGACCAUUAAUUAAAGAGGCCCUUUCAUUUUCCUUCAUAUUCAACUCAUUUUAGUGUGCUUAAAUUAGAAUGUGUUGCUCAACUUAGUUGUUAAAUCAAUUUGAAAAAGAAGUGUUCAUAUAAAAAGAAUCCACGAAUGAUAGAAUUCUGGAAUAAAAAUAGAAUGGUAGAAAGUCAGUGAGUCAGGUGGUAUCUCUAGAGAGAAACAGAGUUAACAUUUCAGUUUGAUGAUCUUUAAUCUGAACUGCUUUUAUAAAACACUUAUGAGCUUCCUAAUGAAAUAACAGUCAUCAAUCAAUGGAGAUGCUAGUUAAAAAAAACUUUGGAGUCAUAUUUUCAGUGACCUCAAUAAGAGAAUAAGGAAUCACUGCGAAAUUAAAGUUUAUGAGGGAGUGAUCUUAACAGCACUGCUUUUUCUUUCAUUUUAAUUCUAAAACAUAUUAUUGCAUGCCUUAAUGGCAAAUAGUAAUGUUAAACAAGGCAUUCUAUCAUCCAACUACUUUUGGAAAUUAAAUACUGCAUGGCUGAAAAUAUUGCUACUAUCCAGGCAGAUCUAUGGUUAACCCUUAGUUUGUAUUCCUUCGUCUGGCUGGGUGAUAGCCUCGCUGCCCUUACCAGGAAAAGUCAACCACGAUUUCUGAUUCUUAUUCAGUUACAUCAGUUUUUACAUCGGAUUGCAUAAAAUCCGAGUAAUCUUUUCAGCUGAAGUGAAGCAAUACAAUAUCAAUGUUAACUCAUUGCUGAACAAUCCUUGAUAAUAUCAAGGUCUGUACUACUGAAUUCAGUACAAUAAUUCACUUCAAACAGCACUCAGAAUUAUUUGAGACCCUUCUCAAUUGCUGUAUCAGGUUUACUUUUCAAAUUAUGAUUAUGAUUACGUUUCAAUCGAUAUUAGGCCUUUUGGACCUGUUAAUGCGGACACCCGUUCUAGCUAACAUCCUGUAUUGGUGCCAUCUCAAUUAUAGUUAAUAUAUCUUCUCAUGUAAGAUUCUGGAACUUAUUCCAUCUGUGCUACUGACUAUACCUCUACUGAUUCUAAUCCAGUUCUCUUGCACCCUUUGCAUUUCAUAAUACAGAUGGCUAUUUACAUUGAUGUUUAAUUAGCCAACUCAUUAACAGCUCUUCAGCAGUAUCCUGCACUCCAGAUGGCACUAACUUUUCAGAAACAUAAAGCUUGCCAGUGAGACCGCCAGAAGAACUGUUCCUACACCACCAGAGUUUCACAGGCUGCUUGUUAAAUUUUACUUACUAAAGGUAAAAAUAAAACUUCAGCUGCUACUGGUAGCAAUAUUUAAUAUCUGAGAUUUAAUUAUUAGGUCUUCUGAUGGCAGUCUGAGGUUGGCAAUUAGUGAUUUGCACACACAGUUGAAUAUCUGACAAUGGAGUUCUACCUUCUCUAGCUCACAGAUGAUGUAAGCAGAUAGUAUAAGUUAUACUGCAUCAUAUAUAGCAUGGUGAUAGAAUAUCAGCUGGUGUUUUAUCAGAAGUGUAAUUAGUUCUUAUUAUUUCUUAUGAUGUCACCUCUACACUUUCCAUUGCUAAUCUGAGUAACUCCAAUGCUUUAAAUAGCAUUAAUUAUUUAUUCCUUUGGGGACAAUCAAAGAUAUGCAAUUUUAACAUUCUCACUUAUACUGUCUCAAUCAACAACAGAUCCACUGUCCAGAGUGGUCAGAAAAUUAAAUAAACAAUCUAACCUGUUAUUCUAACCACCAAGCUAUAAAUAUUUUUUCACAUUGAAUGAGAAAAGGGUUUUCAAAGCUCUUAUCAGAUGAUGCAUCAUGCAUUUUUAAUAGUAUUAAUGUUUAAUGAGGGUGGUAUUAAAUGGGGAAACUGUAGUAGAACUGAGACACUGAAAAAUAUAAAAUCUACAUUACAUAUGAGAUAGAACAAGGAAAUAGCAAUGAUGUGAGGAGAUAAUUCAAUACAGAAGAAUACUGACAUGAAAGUAACAUAAUUACUGAACAUUUUUCAUGUUAAAACUAAAAAGAAAUAGGCCUCAGAAACUAUGAAACGUCUAAAAAUCAGAACAUUAAAAUAUAGCUGAUCUGGGGGUUAAUGAAGUCACUUCAAGAGUUCACACUACUGGAUUUUGCUACACAAACACACACACUGCAGCAGACUUUUGGAAAGGUUUUUAGAACUUUUCAGAAUAGUAAGUUACUUGUUUAUUUUCCCUAAAUUACUCAAUUGCUCAAACUCUUGAACAUCAAAACAGUAAAUAAGUUUAUAUAGAGUUGGCAGGUCAUGUUGCAGUUGUGUAAGACUUUGGUUCAGCCACAUUUGGAGUACUGCGUACAGUUCUGGUCGCCACAUUACCAAAAGGAUGUGGAUGCUUUGGAGAGGGUGCAGAGGAGGUUCACCAGGAUGUUGCCUCUGGGCAGUGCUAGCUAUGAAGAAAGGUUGAGUAGAUUAGGAUUAUUUUCAUUAGAAAGACGCAGAUUGAGGGGAGACCUGAUUGAGGUCUACAAAAUCAUGAGGGGGAGAGACAGGGUGGAUAGCAAGAAGCUUUUUCCCAGAGUGGGGGACUCAAUUACUAGGGGUCAUGAGUUCAAAGUGAGAGGAGGAAAGUUUAGGGGAGAUAUACAUGGCAAGUUCUUAACACAGAGGGUGGUGGGUGCCUGGAACGCGUUGCCAGUGGAAGUGGACUACGAUAGUGUCUUUUAAGAUGUAUCUGCACAGGUACAUGGAUGGGCAGGGAGCAAAGGAUACAGACCCUUAGAAAAUAGAUGACAGGUUUGGACAGAGGACCUCGAUCCUGUGCCUGUGGGCCUGUUCCUGUGCUGUAGUUUUCUUUGUUCAUUGUUCUAUGUGAAUAGAGAAAAAAGAAACAAAUACAGAGUGAGGAAAAAGUGCCUAAUAUCCUAGAGACAUGAUAUUUGGAUUGAAGUAGCUACAAUAUCCCAAUGUGCCCAAGUGCUGCAUUGUUCAGUGACAGGCAUGUGCUCGUUUUAGCACUUCCUAAAAUUAGAAAGGCUUCUUAUAUUACUUUAAAGUCAGAUGCGUUCACAGAUACGUUCUGAUUUCACUUCAGGGAUUUGAACAUAAAAUCUAGGCUGACGCAGUAGUGCAGUACAAUUGGAAUGGUAUACUGUCCGAUAUACUGGGCUGAAUUUUGCAGAGUAUCAUGCUCCCUGCCUUAUGUCACCCCUUGCCCCCAUACCCCUCAUGCUAAAGUCGUGAUUUGGAGGUUAGCUGCCCGUUGGAAGAAUGGCUGCCCUGCUGUCAUUUUUGGUAUUAGUAGGCUGGAGGCAGGACCUCUCCUUCUAAUGGAUAAGUGUUCCUACCACAGAUAACUGCUAGCCAAUUUCCUUCUCUGCAGCAGCAUCUGGUGGGAGAUGUGGCCACUGCUGGGACUAUAAACAAUUCCUAAUGGGGAUUCCUGGUAAAGCCUGAUACCAAGAUAAUUGGGAGAGGUGGGGAGCAUGGUGAAGCUUUGCUUAGGUAGUUGAUUCCCUGGUAAGAGGGAUUGAGGAAUUGGGGUGAGGCUUUGAGAGGCUAUGGAGGGGAAGAAAUCAGGAGUGCAAUCCUGAUGUGGGGUUGGGAAGGUGAUUUCAAUCAGCACAGUUAACUGAUGAAGGAAGUCCCUUUCUUGUCUGACACCAGUUAACGCAGCUAAAGCUGCUAGGUUCUUGCUGGGGAUGGGCUUCCAUUUACAGUGGGUAAAAUUGCAGUGGAAGUGUGAUGAGGCCCUAAAGCUGGCCACUUACAUAUCUCCACGGAUUCAAGGGCAGGCAGGCCGUCCAAUAACCUCACAGCUACCUGUACAAUUUUGGACAGGUCUGGAAAGGGUGGUGGGAAUGCCAUGGGCUGGAUUUUAUGAGCACUGCUCCUCAAAUCCACUGGUGCUGGAGGGUAAAGUGAGCCACUGUCAGAUAUGACAUUAAAUUGAGGCAACACUCAUCUUUUCCAUGAUACUAUCUGAUGGACAGCAGGUAGUUGUCUUGAAUGUUCCGGCCGAACGUCCUCAAACAGCAUAAAAACGCACACUGCCUGGCCGACAAUGUAUUGCUGUUUGUAGGAUCUUGCUGUUUGUGCAAAUUGGCUGACCUUUCAUGAGACUUCAAACUACUUAAUUGGCUAAGAGAGUGAGGUGGUGAAAAAUACCAAAUAAACGCAAAUUUAAAUUUCUUAUUGCUGAAGAAGUUCUAAGAUUUACUUUAUUUUGUAAACAAUUCUUUUUCACUUUAAUAAUAAAGGUGCAAUAAAAGGUUCAAAUCUAUGAAAGAUUUGAGUCAUGCUUCCACAAAGACUGUGAUGCGAUUAAAAUCUCACUUCAAUCUUCUCUGGCUUAUGAGAGAAAGUUUGUCUUGUUUCCAAUGUCUAUCUCACCUCUGCCCUUCAAUCUAUGAAUCACUGUCACAAUGUUUCUUGUCACACUCUGAUUUAUUGGAAGUAAUGUAGACAUUGCCACUGAAUUUUUGUUUCAACCAUUUUAAGCCCCAAAUAUGCCAUUUUUCACAUUCAGCCUCUUAGGUGAGUCCUAAUUGUGCUGAAAUCUAUAGAAAACAUACUGUUUACAACUUUAACUCAUUCUUUCUUAGGACCUUAUAAGCUUUACUUUAAAACAAAAGCCAAAAGCUUUAUCUUUCUAGGUUUCCUCACUUGAAAUUUUAAAUAUCCAUUAAAAGACACUGUCAAACAAUUUGCUCCAUCAGGAUGUCAGAACUUACAUUUUAAAACUGAGCUGGAAUCUUUCACGCCAUUCCUGUCAGCAACCCCUUAUUAUUGACAUCACUUGGCCCCAGUCAGUGUAAAUACCAGUAUUCUCACAUUUUUACCUGACAGGGCAGAACUGUUAUGCCGUUCCAAGAGUAUCAGAUACAGUGAAGGACAUUACAACUGAAGGAAAGCUAAUGCAAUGAGAAAUAAUAUUUUUGGGAAACAAUCUAAAUUAUCAGACACGAGAUUUCUUUUAACUAUCACACUGUAUUUUCAGGACUAAUGCUUUAUGCAUUUUUUAGAGCCUACAUUUUCUGCUCUUCCAGCUUGACUGUGUAAAUUUGCGCAAUGCAUGA